AUGGACUCCACCUAUCAAUGGCGGGAUUAUAAAGAGUUUGUGACCACUUUUAACCUACCACGGGCAAAGUGGCCGUGGCGGCGCCAUGCCCGGGCCGGAGUGAGUGCGCGCGGGCGAAAAUGGCGUACAUUCAGAGUCUCCGAUCUGCUGCUCUGCAGAUGGACUUGCCGGCACUGCUGUCAGAAGUGCUAUGAAUCCAGCUGUUGCCAGUCGAGUGAGGAUGAAGUUGAAAUUCUGGGACCUUUCCCUGCCCAGACUCCUCCCUGGCUGUUGGCCAGCCGGAGCAGUGACAAGGACGGGGACUCCGUCCACACAGCCAGUGAAGUCCCGCUGACCCCGCAGACCAACUCCCCAGAUCGGAGAUGCUCGUCUUCAGACGCAUCUAAGUCUACGUACAGCCUGACCCGGAGGAUUUCGAGUCUCGAGUCCAGACGACCCAGCUCCCCACUCAUCGAUAUUAAACCCAUCGAGUUCGGUGUUCUCAGCGCGAAGAAGGAGCCCAUCCAGCCCUCGGUGCUCAGACGGACCUAUACCCCGGAUGACUAUUUCAGAAAGUUCGAGCCCCACCUGUACUCCCUCGGCUCCAACAGAGACGACGUGGACUUUCUGACGGACGCAGAGAUCCUGUCCAAGUACCAGCUGGGCAUGCUGCACUUCAGCACCCAGUACGACCUGCUGCACAACCACCUGACGGUGCGCGUGAUCGAGGCCAGGGACCUGCCACCUCCCAUCUCCCACGACGGCGCGCGCCAGGACAUGGCGCACUCCAACCCCUACGUCAAGAUCUGCCUCCUGCCGGACCAGAAGAACUCCAAGCAGACCGGGGUCAAACGCAAGACCCAGAAGCCCGUGUUCGAGGAGCGCUACACCUUCGAGAUCCCCUUCCUGGAGGCGCAGAGGAGGACCCUGCUCCUGACUGUGCUGGACUUUGAUAAGUUCUCACGCCACUGUGUCAUCGGCAAGGUGGCCGUGCCUUUGUGCGAGGUCGACUUGGUGAAAGGCGGACACUGGUGGAAGGCGCUGAUUCCCAGUUCUCAGAAUGAGGUAGAACUGGGGGAGCUGCUUCUGUCACUGAAUUAUCUCCCUAGUGCUGGGAGACUGAACGUUGAUGUCAUUCGAGCCAAGCAACUUCUUCAGACAGAUGUGAGCCAAGGUUCAGAUCCCUUUGUGAAAAUCCAGCUGGUACAUGGACUCAAGCUUGUGAAAACAAAGAAGACAUCCUUCUUAAGAGGCACAAUUGAUCCUUUCUACAAUGAAUCCUUCAGCUUCAAAGUUCCCCAAGAAGAACUGGAAAAUGCUAGCCUAGUGUUUACAGAAUUUCUCAAGGCAACUGCUGCAGGAAUUGGCCUGGGCAUAGGCUUCGAAGGGGGCCUGUCAGUGAUAACCAGUGCCGAGCGGCUGCAGAACACCGGGGAAGGGAAGCCAGGCAAUGAAUGA